AUGAUAGUAAAACCAUCUCAUAAUUUAAGAAGAGAACAUAAAUGGUUGAAAGAAACUAAUGUACUACAACAUGAUAAAGAUCUAGUUUUACAAAUAAUCAAUAAUAACGUUUUCCCUAACAAAAGGAGAAAACAAUCUAUUCCAAUUCCACAAAAUUCUACCACAUCUAAUAUGGUAGAAAGUGUAAACGAGGAUCAAAGAGAAGAACUUUUCCUAUUUAAUGCUAAUAAGCCAUUGAUGUCACCUAUUCAGGAAAUAGGAUUGAAUAAUAAUGAUUCCACAUCCGUGAGAAAUAAUCAAAUCAUAAAUGAUGGUACAGGCAGAAUACCGAAAGGUUCAUCGUCAUCUCAUAUCAUAAAUAAUAGUAAUAAUAAUAAUAAUAACCACUCGCAUUUUGCUUCUUCUCCUGUAAUGCCCAAAAAUGCAAUAAAACCUGCUAUAUCUCAAAUAUAUCUAGACCAAACAUCAACUCCUCCACCACCACCACAACCUCGAAUGUCCUCGACAUCAUUGCAUGACAAAGAUACAUUAAUAAACUUACAAAAAUGUUUAAUAGACACAUUAAAGGACCAAUCACAAACAUACGAAGAAAAAAUUUCCAUAAUAGAGUCCACUUCAUUAUCAGAAGAUAAUAAAAAAUACAAACUCUCACAGUUGAUUAAUCCAAAAUUAGCUAAAUAUAAUAUAACAGUCUCAGAUCUUGAAACAAAAAUAUCAAACUUACUUACUCUAUUAUCACCUGCAACAGUACCACCAACAACACAGAUACUACCAAAUGCUACAACUGGUUCUAACAAUAAUUUUACUCAUAGUGUUAGUACUAAUGAAAAAAAUCAACAAAUUAUAACAACUUCAGAAACAUAUAACUUAAUAGAUGCCCUAGAUGAUGAUGAUGAUGACGAUGAUGUUGAUCCUGUUCCUAUUAAUGAAAUCGAACAACCGAGAAACAAAGAAUCAACAUCAAUAACCACCACUGCAGCAACCCGAUCAAUGAGAACAAGAAAGGCAAAAAUAAACUAUAGAAUUCCAGAAAAGGAUGAUCCAUUCGAUUACAAAAUUGGUAAGAUAAAUGAUUCCAUAAACAAUAGUAAUACCACUCACACCUCAUUUAAUCAAUUUGAAGAAGAAGAAGAAGAUGAUGAUGAUGAUGAUGAUGAUGAAGAGGACCCAGAAGAAGAUGGUUAUUCCAGCUAUAUGAACACAAGAGAAGAAGAACGUAUUGAAAAUGAUCUAUUGAACCAAAGCGAUUUGGAUUUUGUUAUCAACGAUGAAGAUGAUGCACCCUUGUUAACUGAUGAUGCACCUUUCACGCAGGCCCAAUCAUUAAUCCAACAUAAUGAGAAUGACGAUGCGGAUGAUGAUUCGAACGAAAGUGAGGAAUUCCAUGAUGCUGCUGAUGAUUUAAAUAACAUUCAAAUUAUAUUAUCAUCACCUCAAAAACAACCUAUAGUCGAACCAAUUGAACUCUUGGACGAUGACGAGGAUGAUGACUCAUUUGUGGCAACGGCCUUGACACCACAAUCGAAUAUACCGAGAACCAUCACUACUAUCCCUCAUACCGUACCACAUUCCGAUUUAGAAGAUUUAAGUAGUGAUCUAGAUGAUCCUAGCCCCUUUGACAAUGAUCACAGUGAUGAUAGCGGAUUAUCUGAUAGUGAUUUGGAGUUUUUUGAUGAAGAAAGAGAAAAUAGAACUCAACUUAAUAGUAUCAAAGAAUUAGAUAAUGACUUGAAAAUUAUCACUGAAAGGAACUUGAAUGCCAAUGAAAAGAACAAUUGGGUUCCCAUCGUUAUCAAAAGAGAAAACUCAACUACGACUACUAUGCCAACACAUACUAUGAACCUUUCAGAUAAUGAAGAUUUAGAAAAUGAUUUCUCAUUAUUAGAAGAUAUAAACUCUCCUGUAAAGAAUCAUCAACAGCAACAAAAAAAUAAUGGUGUCACAAAUUUUCCAUGGUCAAAUGAAGUUAAAUUAAAACUGCGUCAAAUUUUUAAAUUACCAGGGUUUAGACCAAAUCAAGAAGAGGCUGUGAGUGCAACAUUAUCCGGGAAAGAUGUCUUUAUAUUAAUGCCGACAGGUGGUGGGAAAUCUUUGUGUUAUCAAUUGCCAGCUGUGAUUAAAUCAGGCAAAACAAAAGGAACUACUAUUGUCAUAUCACCUUUAAUCUCAUUAAUGCAAGAUCAAGUACAACAUCUCUUGGAUAAAAAUAUUAAGGCAAGUAUGUUCAGUUCUAGGGGAACUGUAGAAGAGAAAAGACAGGUGUUUAAUCUUUUCAUUUGUGGAUUAUUAGAUGUUGUUUAUAUUUCACCUGAAAUGAUAAGUGCAUCAGAACAAUGUAAAAGAGCCAUUAAAAGAUUACAUUCAGAUGGGAAACUAGCAAGAGUGGUAGUUGAUGAAGCUCAUUGUGUUUCUAACUGGGGUCAUGAUUUUAGACCAGAUUACAAAGAAUUGAAAUAUUUUAAAAGAGAAUAUCCUGACGUUCCAAUGAUGGCAUUGACUGCCACUGCAAGUGAACAAGUUCGUAUGGAUAUUAUUCAUAAUUUAGAAUUGAAAGAUCCCGUAUUUUUGAAACAAAGUUUUAAUAGAACUAAUCUUUAUUAUGAAGUUAGGAAAAAAAAUAAGAAUACAAUUUUCGAAAUUGCAGAUAUGAUUAAAUCCAAAUUUAGAAAUCAAACUGGUAUUAUAUAUUGUCAUUCUAAGAAUUCAUGUGAACAAACAUCGAAUCAAAUGCAAAGAGCAGGUAUUAAAAGUGCAUAUUAUCAUGCUGGUAUGGAACCUGAUGAUAGAUUGAAAAUUCAAAAAGCAUGGCAAGCAGAUGAAAUUCAAGUCAUUUGUGCUACGGUUGCGUUCGGAAUGGGGAUUGAUAAGCCAGAUGUUAGAUUUGUGUUCCAUUUUACAGUACCACGUACUUUGGAAGGGUAUUAUCAAGAAACUGGUCGUGCUGGUAGAGAUGGGAAAUAUUCAUACUGUAUCACAUAUUUCUGUUUUAGAGAUGUUAGAACAAUGCAAACCAUGAUUCAAAAGGAUGAAAACUUAGACAGAGAAAACAAAGAAAAACAUUUAAAUAAAUUACAACAGGUUAUGGCAUAUUGUGACAAUGCUACAGAUUGUAGAAGAAAGCUUGUUCUUUCCUACUUCAAUGAAGAUUUUGAUUCUAAAUUGUGUCAUAAGAACUGUGAUAAUUGUAAAAAUAGUUCACAUGCUAUGACAGAGGAAAGAGAUAUUACUGAUAUUGCUAAGCAAAUUGUUACCAUGGUCGAAAAGAUACAAAAUGAUAAAGUCACGUUAAUCAACUGUCAGGAUAUCUUUAAGGGUUCAAGGAGCUCAAAAAUAGUUCAAUCAGGUUAUUCGAAUCUACAACAACAUGGGCAGGGUCGAAAAAUGUCCAAAUCUGAUAUUGAAAGAAUCUUUUUCCAUUUAAUAACGAUUAGACUUUUACAAGAAUAUUCAGUUAUGAAUAAAGGAGGUUUUGCCACCACAUAUGUUAAAGUUGGGCCAAGUGUUUCGAAACUUCGGGAUGGUUCAUUAAAAGUUACUAUGCAAUUCACAUCAUCAACUCCUGCUACACGAUCAGCUUCUUCAUCUUCCAAUUCUCCAUAUUCGAAUUCAAAUAAUAAUUACGUGAGACGAAGUCAUACUACACCUUUGCCACAUACUGAUAAUGAUAGAGCAAAUUCUAAGGUGAUGCCAACAUUCAUCAGCGCGAAGGAUCAUUUAAGUUCCUAUGCUUAUACUGAAAACCAAAGUGAAUAUAGUAAACCAAUAUCAUUCAAAGACAGUACAGAAUCUAGAUCCACACAAGAAUUAAGUGCAUUAACAUCUGCAUAUGUUAAACUUAGAGAAGUUUCAUUAAACUUGGGUAAUAGAAUGAAUCCACCGAUUGCACAUUUCUUAUCAGAUACUUCAUUAAAAAAAUUAGCCACAAAUUUACCUAUUACAGAGGGUCAAUUUGUGGCAAUUCCAACUAUUGGAGAGAAACAAAGGAAAAAAUUUAAGUAUUUCAAGUCUACGUUAUUAAUGCUACGGAAACAAAGAAAUAUUGCUAUGCAAUCAACGAAUAUCAAUAAUAAUUUGAAAAGUCAAGGUAGUAGUUUACCUGAAGUGGAUACAUCAUUUGGGAGGAAAUCUAGGUAUUUCAGCAUUGAUCCCGAGGCUGAAAAGGAAAACCAAGCAAUUAUUAAUCAAUUACGUGAUAGUCAAUUGCAAACCUCAGUAGGCACACGUUCAUCUUAUGAAGUUGGUGGUAAUAAUAAGAGACGCUUCAAUAAAAACCAUAAGAACUACUAUAAAAAGAAAAGGCCGUGA